AUGGAGCUAUACGAGGCCGAGGACAGUCCCACGGCAGACAUGCCUCGCCUGCGUCCUUGCAAGUCGUUCCCAAUGGACGAGUUCUCGAGCCGUGCCGGUUCUGAUAUGGAAGCUUUGGUCUGCGGCUCUCGGCAUCUCCACUCGGCGAGCUGGAUCGGCGGUGAUGGGGCUAUGAGCAAGCCGUCAACCACAUCAGGAUUCUCAAACACCGCAAAGACCACAAAGACGGCCUCCCCUACCAGCUCCGUCUCCAUCACCCCGUCCUUAAGGAGACUGGCAAGCAAUACUAGUGCUCGCCACAGCAGCGCCGGCGCGAGAAGCAGCUUGCUCAAUCCUGAACAUUCGCCACCUGUCCAGGAGAGAGAACUCAUCGUCGACCCUCCUCGCCCAGCGAAGCAGGGCAUGGAAUGGGUCUGGUAUCCGGCAGGAUAUUGGGCUGAACGCGAGAUCAUAGCGCAGCCAGCACGAGAACGAGGGACCAGACAUCACCGAUGGGGCAGGCAUAGCAGCGACAAGACAUUGCCGACAGACACGCACGAUGACGCGCUGAAAACUCUGGCACUGCCUCUUGGAGCCCUUCGCUUGCGAGCUCUGGCGGGAUCAAACAACACACUCAUGCCGAUGCCGAGUCCGUACAUGAGUGAAGAAACACAUGUCCAGAGCUUGCAGAACUCUGAUUCGUCUAAUUACACCACUUACAACCGCGACGGAGGACUCACUGGAGGGACUGGUGACAGCUUCCCAUCAGACACAAGUUCCCGCUUCCCCUUUCCUCUUGCACCACUGCCAACGCCGCAUUCCACGGACGACCAGUCGGAGCCUCUGACAAGCUCAGGAGCAUUCCCCAUGCCUGUAGUCGAAGAACAUGCCUCUGCAGAGGGCCAGUCCACGCGCACGAAGAUGGUCGUCUCACCAGACAUCGUGGAGUCCCAGCCAACCUCGAACACUACAUCGUCGAGCACAGUAAAGAAGCCUUGCUCGCCAGCAGCAGUUGGGAAAGUCAAGAAUUCCUUCAUAGCCCGCUUGCGCCCCUCAAGAAAGAAUUCGGCGAGUCAGAGCGCCUCCGGACAUUGUAGCGAUUCGGCAAAGGACAGCAAGCCAAAGAAGAAAUGCAGUCAACACGACCAGUCGUCGUCUCAAACUCCAAGUAUAGGAUUGGCUCGAAUUGCCUCUAUACUCCGAAGCGAAUGGAAGGUGAACGGCAGGGUUGGAUCGUUCAGUCUGAGAGAUUUUGGCAAGAGCCCAUGGCACCGCAAGACGUCGACUGGAUCAUCGGCGAGCGCACCUAGCUCAGUCAGAGAGGCUAUGCGAGGCAUCGUUCCCCUGAGCACUCCUGCUGAAGAGAUCGGUCUGUGA